AAGAGUCCAAUUGGCUUUGUAUGAUCCGCAAAUGGGUCUUGACGAUUCAUAUUAAACCUUUAAACAAAGACUUUCAUAUUGGACUAUUGCGAAUACCAAUACCAAAUCAUCUGCCUAAUCUUUUCCCCAAGGAGCGAGUAAAAACAUUGAGCUGAGAGCAUUUCAGGCCGUUUCGGUUGGCUCCGAUAUCAUGAAAAUAUUGCGGAGAAAACUUAUUGAAUACCAAACCAAAUCCAAGAAGAGGCCACGCAAACGGAAAAAGUCCCGCAAACCCGUAACCAUUGAGAGCACGUUGAGUGCCAGGAGCAGCUUACAAACAUCAAGGGGUACCUCCCCAUUCCAUGACCAUCCAGUACUUACAGCAAAACUCUAUGAGCCCGGCCAUCUCAACGAUGGGAUUGAUAAGCAUCAGAUAUGCAAACACUGGGGAUCGUAUCCGAAGCUGCUCAUUCUGAUCACCUCGGCAGAGUCCAAUUUGAUGGCGAGAAUGGCCAUCAGACACACCUGGAUGCACUACGGAAGCAGGCGAGAUGUCGGCAUGGCCUUUGUCCUCGGAAGCACCACAAAUGCGAAGCUUAACGAGGCACUCAACCAGGAGAACUAUCUUUAUGGCGAUAUGAUACGUGGCCACUUCAUAGACUCUCACAUCAAUCUCACUCUGAAGACGAUCUCUUUGCUGGAAUGGACAGACACGCACUGUCCCCGUGUCGAAUACAUCCUUAAGACCGAGGACGACAUGUCCAUCAAUGUCCCCAAACUACUGAACUUUAUAGACCGGCACAAGGAUAAUCGUACGAUCUAUGGUCGCUUGGUUGAGAAGAUGACGCCCCAUCGAUAUGGCGAUAUGGGCAACGAGUUCCUAUCGUAUGCCACAGGAGGAGCCUACCUCCUCACUGGAGACAUUGUCCAUGAGUUGUACCUGCAAUCGCUCAAUACGAUUUAUAUGGAACGGGAGGAUGUCUUCAUCACGGGCGUUGUGGCCGAGAGCCUGAAUAUUAGUAGAGUGCAGGCCGACAGCUUUCGCAACAUCCGCAUCAUUUUAUUUCCGUGCAUCAUCCGCAACGCGAUCAGCAUCGACAUGAUCGAGCCCCAGGAACAGUACGAGCUUUGGAGGAUGUUGCUGGACCCGACAAUCAAGUGUAAGGAGGUUUUGGUAGAUGCAGAAGCAGGCGAAAACAUGUAAAGUGUUUGAAAAAUAUAUUAAAUAACUGCUAGAAGGACGUGUUUCCCAUUUCA